AUGACCGAUCAUACCAAAAGUUCAUCCGUCGGCUUCAAAAACGCCAUAGAAAGAGUGGCCAUAGUGGGUGCUGGAGGUACCAUAGGGUCGCAUAUUACCAAAGCCCUGCUGGAAACCGGCAGACACACUGUCACGGCUCUUUCCCGCAAAGACAGCGGCAACAGACUUCCCGAGGGCAUCCUAGUCGCUACAGUUGACUACGAUGACGAGGCCACCAUUAUUACCGCCCUCAAGGGUCAGCAGAUUUUGAUCAUUACCAUGUCCCCCACUGCACCUCGUGACACCCAUAGCAAACUCGUCCAGGCAGCCGCUAAGGCUGGUGUCCGUUACGUCAUGCCUAACGGGUAUGGUCCGGAUAUUGACAACAUCAAACUCGGCGAAGACACAAUGCUGGGGCCCGUGGCCAAGGCUAACAGGGACGAGAUCGAGAGCCUCGGCAUGCAGUGGAUUACAGUGUGCUGUGGGUUCUGGUACGACUACAGCCUGGCAGGUGGGGAUGCGCGCUUUGGAUUCGACUUUGAUAAGCGUUCCCUGACACUCUACGAUGAUGGCAACACCAAGAUUUCGACUUCGAUGUUAUCGCAGGUCGGACGUGCCGUGGCCAAAGUUCUGAGCCUCAAUGGGCUUCCGGAGGACAAAGACGACAAGAGCCUUACCCUGUCAACAUUCCUAAACAAGGGCGUUUAUAUUAAGAGCUUUGCAGUCAGCCAAAGGGAUAUUUUUGAGAGCGUCAAGCGUGUCACCGGCACUACCGACGCUGACUGGACGAUUAUUCACGAGGAUACCAAGAAGCGAUACGAGGAUGGUCUGGCGCAAGUCAAAAUGGGUAAUAUGGCUGGUUUUGGCAAGCUGUUGUACGCGAGGACUUUUUACCCAGAUGCUUCCAGUGAUCUCUCGGACAGGGUGCAGAAUGAGCUGCUUGGAUUGCCGGAGGAGAGCCUGGAUGAGUCUACUAAGGUUGGAAUAGAGUUGGUUAAGGAGCUGGAGCUUCGUGUUGAACGCAUGGCGGCCUAG